AAGAUGGCGGCGGCGGCGCUGGGCUGGGCGCUGCGGGCCGCUCGGCAGGUUCUACCUGCAUCUUGCACGAGGCAAGUGCGGGGCUACUAUGUGGACUGGAGGAUGCUGCGGGACGUCAAGAGGAGGAAGCUGGCGUACGAGUACGCGGACGAGCGGCUGCGCAUCAACGCCAUCCGGAAAAACACCAUCCUGCCCAAAGAGCUGCAGGAAGUGGCCGAUAAAGAAAUUGCUGCCUUGCCCCGGGACAGCUGCCCUGUGAGGAUCCGCAAUCGCUGUGUCCUGACAUCCCGGCCCCGAGGGGUGAAGCGGCGUUGGAGACUCAGCAGAAUCGUUUUCCGUCACUUUGCUGACCACGCUCAGAUGUCCGGUGUACAGAGAGCUAUGUGGUAGAUCACUGCACAGGCCCAUCUUCAGCCAGAGGAYACCAAGGGGCCCAGUUUGUGUUCAAAUAAUGAAAGCAAGGCCCUCCUGUCUAGGAGUUCAGUAUAAGAAUCAAGCUAAUGUGGGGAGGAAGAGAAGCUGUUCUCAUUUAUAAARUUCAUUUGCUGGAUUGACUGGUAGAGGCUGACUGAGGGGGAGGAAAAAAGCAUAACUGCAUUAAGCCACUCUGUGUUAGAGACAGGUUUAUUUUAAGACAAUUACUACCUGAUUGUUGCAGAACUAUGCUGAGGAUUGUAGUAAGGACAACAUUAAAAAUAAAGACAUACAGCACAA